AGUACUAUUAUGUAACUUGAUGGCUAUAUAUAGUAUGGUCCGUUCAAUGUUUGUUUUGUGUGAUGAAAGUGAGAGAGAUGGGUCGUCUUCCAUUUACUCUUUGCUUCACCUUCCUGGUUAUGGCCACAGUAGCAGUUGGUGUACCUCCUAAAAAGUCCAUUAAUGUUCCUUUUGGAAGGAACUAUUUCCCCACUUGGGCUUUUGAUCACAUUAAGUAUCUCAAUGGUGGUUCUGAAGUGCAUCUCGUUCUUGACAAGUACACUGGCACUGGCUUUCAGUCGAAAGGUUCCUACUUGUUUGGCCACUUUAGUAUGCACAUAAAGAUGGUUGCUGGGGACUCUGCUGGAACUGUGACCGCCUUCUAUUUGUCAUCACAGAACUCAGAACAUGAUGAGAUAGACUUUGAGUUUCUAGGGAACAGAACCGGCCAGCCUUACAUUUUGCAGACAAACGUGUUCACUGGAGGUAUAGGAAACCGAGAGCAGCGGAUCAACCUCUGGUUUGACCCUUCCAAAGACUACCAUUCGUAUUCAGUUCUCUGGAACAUGUAUCAGAUUGUGUUCUUUGUGGAUGAUGUACCAAUAAGAGUGUUCAAGAAUAGCAAAGACAUUGGUGUGAAGUUUCCAUUCAACCAGCCAAUGAAGAUAUAUUCGAGUCUAUGGAACGCAGACGACUGGGCCACAAGGGGAGGGUUAGAGAAGACCAACUGGGUAAAUGCACCUUUUGUUGCAUCGUACAGAGGCUUCCACGUUGAUGGAUGUGAGGCUUCAGUAAAUGCUAAGUUCUGCGAGACGCAGGGAAAACGUUGGUGGGAUCAAAAAGAGUUCCAGGACUUGGAUGCUAACCAGUACAAACGUCUCAAAUGGGUUCGUAAGAGAUACACCAUCUACAACUAUUGUACUGACCGCGUCCGUUUUCCCGUGCCUCCUCCUGAGUGCCGCAGAGACCGUGACAUUUAGUGCUUCUUUUCUUCAGAUUUUACCUAGAUUUUUUUUCCUAUGUAUGGCAAAAAUUUCCUACUUUUUAAUGUUUAUUCUUCUCGCAAGUUAUUGAAAACAUCUUCUAGAAUA